AUGAAACUUAGGCUCAUACAGGUGAACCUUAAUAAGAGCUGGCCGCCCUACGAUCUACUAGGCUAUCACAUGGUCGAAAAUGUCAUUGCGUUGGCAAUACUGUCGGAGCCCCCACGAAGACGACCAGAUGCGGUGGAAUGGCUCGUCAGUAGGAGCGGCAGUGCUGCCAUUUUAUGGAGGUCCAGCCAUCUUCUGCGGACAUGCACUCUUGCCCGGCAGGGGAGGGACUUUGUUGCGGCUAGAGUCGGUAGGAUAACGGUGGUCUCGUGUUAUAUAUCUCCAAACACCACGAAGGGCCAGUAUCUUGAGUUUCUCGACAAAUUGGGCGACCUGAUUGGGGAUGUCGGAGCUCGAAUCCUCGUGGGGCGCGAUUUUAACGCGCGAUCAGCCUCAUGGGACUCCAGGGUCACGAACAUCAGUGGAAUCCUGAUCGAGGAAUGGGCAGCAGAGUGUGAGUUACGGCUCGUCAACGUGGGAGGUAUAUCUACUUGCACGAAUUGCGGAUAUUCGGUGGUCGACCUGACUUGGGUGUCGACUGACCUUGUUGGACUGAUGAAGGACUGGGCUGUUGCUGUGGACAUGGAAUCCUUAUUGGACCACCGCUAA